GCCUGCCUGCAGGCCAGCAGCGGCAAGUGAGGCAAGCUGCUGCAGAUGUUAGCUGUCCAAUCCUGAAGGCACGCAUGGCAAGAUAGUGACGGACAGCCGCGAAGAGAGUGCACGGCUUUUUUAGCGCGGAAAGCAACACACCAGUGAAGCUGCACGCUGCUGCUCAACGAGAGCUGAGAAAUGACGCACAUCUGGCACGCCGACGAGCGCAUCGCCUGGCCGACGGAGCGCCGAGGCGCCGCCGACGAGCGCUGCGACCCGGCCGCGGAGCUCGCCCGCUUCGGCCGGCUCAAGACGCUACGCAGUUUGCUGCAGCGCCUCGUGACGCAGCACGGCGGCCAGGGCGCGAGCGCACCGCCGCUCGCCUUCGAGCGCUGGCUCGCGCGCUCGGCGCUCCGGCGCGCGGCGGAGGCCGAUCCCGUGCUGCCGGCGGCGGAUGGUGUCGACGAGCAGCUUGUGGCAGACCUUUCGCGAUCUUUGCCGCGCGAGAAGGCCGUCAUCAUUGCGGAAGCCCUAUCGGCACGGAGCCGCGACGACGCCGCGCGGCAAGCAGCCGUGUUUUCGGACUCCGAAGCGCAGGCGCCAGCGCCCGCCGCGACGCAGCGUUUGGUCAAGGCCGUGCGUCGGGCGGGAAAACCGCUGCCGACGGACGCCGCGGCCUGGGCAGAGCUGGCGACCGCCGCCGAGGCGCUCGCCGCGCACGCGCGGAGUCGGGCCGAAGUGCGGCCUACUUACACGGUCGUCGUCGACCGCGACGGGCCGAACGUGCGGCUGGCCGCGAUGGACGGCGACGCGCCGAAGAAGCCGUACGUGCUGAUCUCCCACGACCACUACGCGAAGCUCACGACGCUCCACGCGCGCUACGGUGCCGGUGACCCCGACGAGCGCAUUUUUUGUCUUGUGACGCGCUAUGAAGCAUUGAGGGGCGCCGGGUUCCAGUGCGCCGUGCCGGGCGCGUGCUUCGAAAGUUUGCGCGAGUUCCUGGGAAAUACGAUAGAAUGCUUCGCGUCGCCGCUGAACUGCCGGUUCGAGCGCUACUUCAGCGCGUUUCCUGCGCUGGAGCGCGCCUUCGGGAGCCUGGGCUCGUUCUUCGACGAGUGGUCCCGCAUCGAACAGGGCUCCUUCGAGGUCAACCCGCCCUUCGUGCCCGAGGUCCUCGCCUUCGCGGCGGCGAAGGUUGGCGAGCUGCUCGGCGACGGGGCGAAGGGCGCGCUCUCGUUCCUCGCGGUCGUGCCGGACUGGGGCGGCGGGUCGUCGGCGGCGCAGGCGCUCCGCGAGUCGCCGUUCCUCCGCGCCAACGUCACGAUCCCGGCCGCCGAUCAUGUGUUUGUGGAUGGUGCCCAACACCGCGUCCGGGACCGGCACCGACCCUCCAGCUGGGAUACGGCAGUUCUCCUACUCCAGAAUGACGCCGGCGCGGCGAAAUGGCCCCUCGACACGAAGACGCUCGCGCGCGUCGCUCGGGCGUCGUUCCGCCGCGCGGCGAACGAGGCCGCGCCCGAGGGGGCGGAGGAUCUGCAAGCUUGGGAGAAGCGCGGGCCCAGCCGCGGGGGCAAGAAGCGUCCGCGCUCCGCGCCACCAAAGCAGAAGAUGUAA